AUAUAUUAUAGGAUACUUAACAAUUAAAGAUUAAGAUUUAGUACUAAAUAUCGUAGCAUUUAUACUACGUUCUUUGUACGAGGAAAGUUUAAAAUUAUUUCAUAAUAUUUGAUUGGAAGAAAACAAAAUACAAAUAAUAAUAUUGUUGCACUUCAUGGUUUCUUUCAAAACGCGGCUUAAAAACAUUCAACGUAUGUAAAUAACAUUAAAUGAUUCGUUAGAAAAGAAAAAUACAAAUCUGACGUUCCAUCAUAUAUUUGUCACAAAUAUAUCUCUCUUUCUCUUUCCCCUUUGUCAUUGUCUUAUUACAUUUUACUUGUUGAGGUCGUACGUAGAAAUGGACCAGUAUUUAAAUAGUGUCUUAUUGUUCGAGUGAAUAUUAUUGACUUGUACGAUAAUUACUUCAAAUUAUAUUUGAUAGUUUCACUAAUCAUUCGACAUGUCAGACGUGAAAAGUCUUGAACAUCCAACGUUGAAGGUUCCAUAUGAACUUUUAAAUAAAAAAUUUCGUUCAGCUCAAAAGACAUUAGACAGAGAAGUGUCACACGUACAAACCGCAACCAAUGAAUUAGAGAAAGGAUUAAAAGAGGAUGAAGCAAGUGUUGCUACUGGAGAAAUAACUAGACUUUUAGGUGGUGUAGUAGCCAGACUUCAAGUUUUGAAGCGCAAAGCAGAGGAAUCUAUUGCUGAAGAAUUGCAAGCUGGUAUGGUUUGCAAAAGACGUUUGGAUCAUUUGAAACAGCAUGUCAAUACAGCUCCCAGUGCUGUUAAUCAAUGGAGAAGGCAGAGAUUAGAUCGUAUGUUGGUCGAAUAUUUUCUUCGGAAAGGCUACUACAAAACAGCAACUAAAUUAGCGGAUAGCAGUGAACUGAGGGAUCUAACUAACAUUGAUGUUUUUAUGGUAUCUAGAGAAGUAGAAAAGUCUCUAGCGAAUCAUGAAACUUCAAGGUGCAUCGGUUGGUGUCAUGACAAUCGAUCAAAAUUAAGAAAAUUGGGUAGUACAAUGGAAUUUAAUUUACGCGUACAAGAAUUUAUUGAAUUAGUAAGAGCAGAUAGAAGACUCGACGCAGUCAAACAUGCCAGAAAAUGUUUUGCCAAUUACGACGAUUAUCAGUUACAAGAAAUUCAAUGUUGCAUGGGACAACUGGCGUUUCCUGCUAAUCUUUAUCUCAGUCCGUAUAAGGACUUGUUAGAUGAAAAAAGAUGGGAUAGACUAAUAGAACAAUUUAGACAUGAGAACUAUAGACUUUUCCAAUUAGCCAGUCAAAGCGUAUUUACAGUAGCAUUGCAAGCAGGAUUAUCUGCUCUAAAAACACCUCAAUGCUACAGUGCAAAUAAAGAAGGCAGAAAUCCAAGUUGUCCUGUGUGUAAUGAAGCGCUUAAUGAAUUGGCAGCUCCAUUACCAUUCGCUCAUUGUUCUCAAUCAAGACUUGUUUGUAGUAUUAGUGGCAAGCCUUUAAAUGAAUAUAAUCAACCGAUGAUGAUGCCAAAUGGAUAUGUUUAUGGAGAACAAGCUUUGGAAAAAAUGGCACAAGAAAAUAAUGGUAUCGUAAUUUGUCCAAAGACCAAAGAAGAGUUUCCUUAUAAAAAGAUUGAGAAAGUGUAUGUUAUGUAAAAUGAAUAGUUAUAUUUUAAACUGUA